AUGGCCACCAUCUCCUCCAGCCCCAUCGUCAUUGAUGGUAAGGGCCAUCUUCUGGGCCGGCUGGCCUCUAUCAUCUCCAAGCAGGUCUUGAACGGCCAGAAGAUUGUCGUCGUUCGCUGCGAGGAGAUCAACAUCUCGGGCAGCUUCUUCCGCAACAAGCUGCGCUACCAUAACUUCCUACACAAGCGCCACAUUGUCAACCCCAAAAAGUCUGGCCCCUUCCAUCACCGCGCUCCUUCCAAAAUCCUUUUCCGAGCCAUCCGUGGUAUGGUCCCCCACAAGACUGCCCGUGGCGCUGCUGCCCUCGAGCGUUUGAAGCUCUUCGAGGGUAUCCCUCCCCCAUACGACAGGAAGAAGCGCAUGGUUGUGCCGGAGGCGUUGAGGGUUUUGCGGUUGAAGCCCGGGAGGAAGUACUGCACGGUGAAGCGUCUCUCGCAUGAGGUCGGCUGGGGUUACAAGGAUGUCGUUGACCGUCUUGAGGAGAAGAGGAAGAUUAAGGCGCAGGCGUUCCAUGAACGCAAGACUGCUGCGGUGAAGCUGCGUCAAAAGGCCGUCACCGACAACGCUGCUUCCUUCGAGAAGCUCACUGCUCUGGGCUACUAG